ACCGCUGCUGCUUUGCUUUCUGCUGGAUGUUUCGUUUCGUUCCGCCAUUACAGUCAUUGCCAUUGACCACUGCUGCUUCGAUUUGAGAAGAUAACGUGUGUUUCUGCUGGAUUGUAAAGAUGCAGACCAACAAUGUUAUCAGAGUGAAGUUCAAAGACAGCAAGAGAUAUAUUUUUUCUUCAAAACCUUUUACAUUUCAAUCAUUUUUGGAAUGUGUUGCCAAUAAAUUUGAUCUUCCUACAAUGGAUGUGAAAGUCUUUGAUGACUCGAAGACAGAAGUUGAUGAGGAAGCAUUCGUAUAUCUGCUGACACGACCAGAUCUUGGUGUAUUAGAAAUUGUCAUCCCAGGCACAGCAAACAUUGAUGAUUCUUUAAGCUCAAGCUCAUUAGGAGAUGAAGGUACAUCAGAGUCUGAUGACACUGCAAUGUUGAUUACAAGCCCUCCUGAAAAAAAUCUAGCUGAGGAACAUCGUCUUGCCAAGAUGAUUGAAGAGAUUCUAAAGACCAGCCCUGGAGGUGAAAAGAUUAUAAACGAAUAUACCCGCACCAAAGGUCUGUCCGAUACCCGAAGACGUGACAUGGUGAAAAUUUUGGUAGCACAUUUAACAAAUGAACAUGGAACAAGCCCUUCCCGACGUUUGAAGGAAGAAUAUGCGAAAGGAAUCAUUUCCCUCUUCCCAUGCUUGGCUGACCCCAGGAGCAAGCUUGGAUAUGAGCAUUAUUACAAUGCAGAAGAUGGAAGUGGAUAUUUGGCGUGGAGAAUUAAAACUCUGCAGAAAGAAGCAUCAGAGGGACGGAUGAAGCGUCCACGGCAACCACAAACAGGUGGGCCAACUGCUGACAGACAAUCCUACAAAGAAGACUGCUAUUUGACUGACGACCGUCAUUGUCAGGAAGCAAUAGCCCUGAUGAAGCAUACAGCUGAUGAGGCAGUGGUAAAGGAAAAGAUGAAGUUAACGCUGGCCUAUCGCCAGAAGCUGCUGCAUGACCCUAAAAAGUCUGCUGAUAUUCUAUCAGUUUUCUCACGAUUCCUGGAUAUACCAGGCUUGAUUAAUCAAGAUUUUGGACUUUUGUUUGGUGAUGCGACCUCUGCAAAGUUGUUGGAGAAGUGGUCUACCAACAUAAAACCAAAGGUUAUUGCACAGAGCCGUGGCCUCACACAGACUAGUGAGCUCCAAGACCUCAUCCAAAAUGCUGAAGCCACUGAAGUUGAAGAAGGGUGGGACAGCGACAUGUCUUCCAUUCUGAUGCUGGUUCACCUUUUGCCACCCUCAAGUCAAGGCCGCAAGAGACCGGGAAAGAUCUCAGCCAAACAAGCAUGUGAUCAUCUUGUGAAAUUCAUCAAGACCGGUAACAGUAUCCAAGGGCACUUGGACAGUAUUGGAGAGAGACUCCAGCCGUAUCUACUCGCUGUUGGGCCGAACAAAAGUAGGAUCCAUUCUUGGUUUAUUGUGAUUGACCAACAUGCUCUACCCUGUAAGGCUUCUAAUUCAUUGGCCUGUGUUGAUGAGCUUUUCAAAGCUCACUUUGUCUUUGGGACUUCAUACUGUCAGGAAUUGACCAAUGUGUUUAGCUUUCUGCAAACCGCAGUCUAUGAUAUAGAUGUUGAAACCACCAAGGUAAAUCCCAGAGUAUCCGAGUUGAGAGCUAGAAUCCUCCAGUGAGCAGAUGAUUUGUUUCAUUUGUAAAAAGGGGCAUGCUAAUGCCAAUGCCCUUAUAAGGCACUUCAAGUUAGUUCAUGGCCUUUGUCCAGGAAAAAGUCUCAAGUUAAAAUGUGCUCAAAGAGGUUGUUCACAUGUUUACCAUAGUUUUUCUGGAUUACGAAAGCAUCUCAGCAAGUGUUGUGCAAUUGACCGUUCACGCAUUGAUUCUGGUGAAAGCUCAUCCACCGCCAACUCCAUUUCAUUAGAUGAUGUAGGUGUUUUAUCAAACCAAAAUCCGCCUUGUGAGUCUGCACUCUUAAAAACAAAUAUAGUAAACAGUUGUGCAACAGUGGUGGCUGAACUUAAAGUUGCUGGUGUCGCAGAGACAACUAUUAACUAUGUUGUUGGUGCUCUAGAAGAAGUGAUUGGAGAUAUUCAUAGUGAAACUCAAGAAUCAGUGAAAAACAGCCUAUCCUUAGAGGAGCCCAUAAAAAGUGUUGUCGAGUCUCAAAUAGAUCAGUUUUUUGAAAAAAUACAAAAUCCUUUUGCGACAUUAAACACUGAAAGCAAGAGAAUGCGGUACUUUUCAGACAAAUGGGGGAAAAUAGAUCCUGUUGAAUAUGUUCUUGGAACAAGAUUUGCAACGCGGCGUAACAGAACAACUGGAACUUUUGCCCAAACCAUUGUUAAGGAUAAAUUUGUAUAUAUACCAAUUCUUGAGACUUUACAGUCCAUUUAUAGACACCCUAGCAUUACAGAUAUGAUGGCGAGAGAUUCACAACAAAGACCAAAUUGUCUUUAUGACAUACACGAUGGAGAAUUCUUUAAGAGGCAUGCACUCUUCUCAAAACAAAGACAUGCAGUUCAGAUCCAGCUUUUUUUUGAUGAAUUUGAAUGCUCAAACCCCCUUGGAUCAAAACGAGGAAUACAUAAGUUAGGAGCUAUCUAUUUUACCCUUAGAAAUAUUUCCCCUAAAUACAAUUCGAGUUUACUAAAUAUACAUUUAGUCACUUUAUUUCAUGCACAAGAUAUCAAAACCUAUGGGUUUGAUAAAAUACUAGAGCCACUUGUCCAGGAUAUCUCAACACUGGAAACCAUUGGAAUUCAGAUUCCUUUAUUUGAUCAGACAGUUUAUGGAACCAUUGUCCAGGUUACUGGUGACAACCUUGGUGUCCAUUCCUUGUUUGGUUUUGUGGAAUCAUUUAGUGCCAGGUACUGUUGUCGCUUUUGCCUA